GAAGUUUCUCUUCAUCAAUCAAAUUUCUCCCGUCAAUAUCUGAUUUCAAAGCAUACCUGAAUUCCAAGGUUAGAUGUCCAAUCAUCUGCUUUGCGAGAGAAAUAUAAGUGCGCUCGCCUCCUAACUUCAAACUCAGAACUAAACCAAUCAGUUUUAUUUCAUUGACGUGCUACAUUCCCAAGAUCUACUACUUUCUAUCAUACAAACCCGUUAUUCUUAAAAACGUUCCCGUGAUGUCUGGACAUAAAGUUGGUGUUUUCCCUGCCUCGGGAGGCAUUGGAGGCAGCACAGUCAAGCAUCUGCUUCCCCGCCUUCCAGCACAAGAUCUAGUUUUCAUUGCGCGGAAUCCCGCAAAAUUAGAGUCUGCCAAGUCUGCCGGUGCGGAUGUUCGUCAGGCAGACUAUGACGAUGAUAACUCCUUGCAAAAUGCAUUCCAAGGAAUCGACACCCUCUUUCUAAUUUCAUACGCAUCGGUAGGAUAUGAACACCGAGUAGAGCGUCACCAAACCGCCAUCAACCAUGCUCUCCGCAGCGGCGUCAAGUACAUCUUCUACGGCUCCCUAGGAUUUGCCGGAAAAGAAACCAGCAAAGAGUCCGUUGCCCACGUCAUGCAGGCUCACUUAGACACCGAGAAAUACCUCGAAGAUUGCACGCGCACCCAUCCCGGAUUCGCAUACACAGUUGUGCGCGAGGGACUCUAUUCUGAGUCCUAUCCUCUCUAUACUGCAUUUUUCGACCCCAAGAAUCCCGUUGACGAGAUUCGCAUUCCGCAUGACGGAUCCGCACCGGGAAUCGCAUGGGUCAAGCGCGAGGAGCUCGGAGAAGGCACUGCAGAACUUAUGGCCCGCUUUGUGAAGAAUCCCACGGGAUUUCAGUACCGUUUCCAAACGGUUCUUCUUUCGGGGGCAAAAGUCCUCACGUUGCAGGAGACGGUGCAAAUUCUCGGAAAGCUUGCAAAGAAAGAAGUGCGAAUUCGGCAGGUGUCGGAGGAAGAAUUUGCGAAGCAGCCGCAGGUCUCGCCCAAUUUUUUCUAUCAUGGGUUUGAUCACUCCAUGGUUUGGACCACGACGUUUGAAGCGUACCGCAGAGGCGAAGCGGCGUAUGUUUCGCCUUUGUUGGGAGAAUUGUUGGGACGGGAGCCGGAAGAUUUCGAGACCACGAUUGCGUCGUCGUUGUAGAGCGUGAUGAAUUUACUAGAGUUUAUAGAACAGGUUGGAUGGGGAUUUAGAUUUCUAUUCUAAUAUAUGAUUAUCUUAUUAAAUUCGAAAUACAAUAUAUUUUAAUCAUAGAGCAAAUGUAUUUUGUAUUGUAUUUCA